AUGUCUUCUAUAACAAUGAUCUCAUCUCUAUCUCCCCUUCUCCCCACCCCCCGAAAACGCCGCCGCCCCUCCACCCUCUCUCCCACCUCGCCAUCUGACCCCGUAGUCGGGCACGUCACCGCAGCAGGCAAGUUCCGCUGCUCCGAUACCACCUGUGCAGACCUGUCAUUCGGGCGGCAAGCAGAUUUCCGGCGGCACUACGAACACGCGCACGCGGCGAAGAAGAUGGAGUAUUUCUGCACGGUCGAUGGGUGUGCUCGGAGUCAGAGGCCGGCUGGGGGCGGGAGGAGUAAGGGGAGGAGCUUUGGGAGUCGCGAGGAUAAGAUGAGGGAGCAUGUUAGGACUGUGCAUGAGAAGGGGGUGGGGAAGAGGAGGAAGGUGGAUGAAGAGGAUGGGGAGAGUGAGGGGUGGGUUGAGGAGAUGUAA